GUGUCAUCAUCCAGGCACCGGUGGCGUGGGUCUCUCUUGUCAAACUGGAAACUAUUUCUGCCGUUUCUUUUUCUCCAAACAGCGGGAUAGUAAAUAGCUCGUAAUUUUGGUCAAAAUGACGGAGCGGAAAGGAACAGCAAAGUUGGACUUUUUGAGAAAGAUUGAAUUAGAAAUCCAGGAGAAAUGGGAGAAGCAGAAAGCAUUUGAGCAUGAUGCACCUACAACCGUUGGGGAAAGCACAAACAAAAACAAGUACUUUGUCACCUUCCCCUAUCCUUACAUGAAUGGCCGAUUGCACCUUGGCCAUACAUUCAGCUUGUCAAAGUGUGAGUUUGGUGUUGGUUACCAGGCCCUGAAGGGGAAGAAAUGCCUGUUCCCAUUCGGGCUGCACUGCACAGGGAUGCCAAUCAAAGCCUGUGCAGACAAACUGAAGAGAGAGAUGGAGCUUUAUGGAAACCCUCCACAGUUUCCAGACGAGGAGGAAGAAGAGAAGGAGAAGCCAAAAACAUCUGAUGAAAUCAUCAUCAAGGACAAAGCAAAAGGAAAGAAGAGCAAAGCAGUGGCCAAAUCUGGAUCCUCCACUUUCCAGUGGGACAUCAUGAGAUCUUUGGGCCUGAAAGACGACGAGAUUGUCCAGUUUGCCAAUGCUGAGCACUGGCUGGAGUACUUCCCUCCUCUGGCUGUAAAAGACCUCAAACAGAUGGGAGUCAAGGUUGACUGGAGGCGUUCAUUCAUCACCACAGACGUGAACCCUUUCUACGACUCUUUUGUCAGGUGGCAGUUUGUCACUCUGAAAGAGAGGAAAAAGAUCAAGUUUGGCAAAAGGUAUACUAUCUACUCUCCCAAGGAUGGACAGCCAUGCAUGGACCAUGACAGACAGACAGGAGAGGGAGUUGGACCUCAGGAGUACACACUCAUCAAGAUGAAGAUAGUUGAACCUUACACUGCAAAAUUCAAAUCCAAAGUCUUUUACAGCAGUGGCAUGAAAGGCAAAAACAUCUUUCUGGUGGCUGCCACUCUUAGACCAGAGACCAUGUUUGGUCAGACCAACUGCUGGGUGAGACCCGAUAUGAAGUAUGUCGCCUUUGAGACAAACAGCGGAGACAUCUUCAUCAGCACCAGCAGGUCUGCCAGGAACAUGUCUUUCCAGGGCUUCACCAAGGAGAACGGAGUCGUGCCAGUGAUCAUGGAAAUACUGGGACAGGAUAUCCUUGGCAGUGCCUUGAGUGCUCCUCUGACCUCCUACAAGAUCAUCUAUGCUCUUCCUAUGCUCACCAUCAAGGAGGACAAAGGCACCGGGGUUGUUACCAGUGUGCCAUCUGAUGCUCCUGAUGACAUUGCCGCUCUCAGGGACAUCAAGAAAAAACAGGCUCUACGGGAGAAGUAUGGAAUUGAGGACAAGAUGGUGUUGCCAUUUGAGCCGGUACCCAUCAUAGACAUCCCAGGCUAUGGAAACCUGUCGGCACCUCUGGUGUGUGAUGAGUUAAAGAUCCAGAGCCAGAACGACAAGGAGAAACUGGCUGAGGCCAAGGAGAAGGUCUACCUGAAGGGAUUUUAUGAAGGGAUCAUGCUGGUGGAUGGAUACAAGGGACAGAAGGUUCAGGAUGUCAAGAAGCCAAUUCAGAAGAUGAUGGUGGAGAGAGGUGAGGCCAUGAUCUACAUGGAACCAGAAAAACAGGUCAUGUCACGUUCAGCUGAUGAGUGCGUGGUGGCUCUCUGUGAUCAAUGGUAUUUGGACUACGGGGAUGCUGAGUGGAAGCAGCAGGCCAAUGAAGCCCUCAAGUCUUUGGAGACAUUUUGUGAUGAGACCAGGAGGAACUUUGAGGCAACCUUGGCCUGGCUACAGGAGCAUGCCUGCUCUCGUACCUACGGUCUUGGAACGCGGCUGCCUUGGGACGAGCAGUGGCUGAUUGAGUCGCUAUCGGACUCCACCAUCUACAUGGCUUACUACACAGUAGCCCACCUCCUCCAGGGAGGCGUGCUCAAUGGACAGGGAGGCUCGCCGCUGGGCAUCAAGCCAGAGCAGAUGACCAGGGAGGUUUGGGACUUCAUCUUCUUUAAGACGUCUCCAUUCCCCAAGACAGACAUCCCCAAAGAGCACCUACAGAGGCUGAGGAGAGAGUUUGAGUACUGGUACCCGGUGGAUGUCCGUGUGUCUGGCAAAGACCUGGUUCCCAACCACCUGUCCUACUUCCUGUACAACCAUGUGGCUAUGUGGCCCAAAGACAAUGGGAAGUGGCCACAAGCAGUGCGAGCUAACGGGCAUCUGCUUCUCAACUCUGAAAAGAUGUCCAAAUCAACAGGAAACUUCCUCACUCUCACCCAAGCCAUUGACAAGUUUUCAGCAGACGGUAUGCGUCUGGCUCUAGCAGAUGCCGGGGACACGGUAGAAGACGCCAACUUUGUAGAGACCAUGGCCGAUGCUGGCAUCUUGCGCCUCUACACUUGGGUAGAGUGGGUAAAGGAGAUGAUUGCCAACCAGAAGAACCUGAGAACGGGGCCUGCAGACACCUUCAACGAUCGGGUCUUUGCCAGUGAAAUCAAUGCAGGUAUCAUUAAGACGGAGCAGCACUAUGAGAAGAUGAUGUACAAGGAGGCUCUGAAGAGUGGCUUUUUCGAGUUCCAGGCAGCCAAAGACAAGUAUCGGGAGCUAGCCAUCGAAGGCAUGCACAGAGAUCUCGUCUUCCAAUUCAUAGAGAGACAAACUCUGCUGCUGGCCCCCAUCUGCCCACACCUUUGUGAAUACACUUGGGGUCUGCUGGGCAAGACAGGUUCUCUGAUGAAAGCCUCGUGGCCUGUGGCUGGCCCAGUUGACGAGAUUCUGAUUCGUUCCUCUCAGUACCUCAUGGAGACGGCCCACGACCUCCGUCUGAGACUAAAAGCAUACAUGCUUCCCCCCAAAAACAAGAAAGGUGACUCGAAGCCCCCAGCCAAGCCUUCCCACUGCACCAUCUACGUGGCCAAGAGCUACCCUCCAUGGCAGCACAGUGCCUUAUCCCUGCUCGGCAAGCACUACAAGAGCAACAGCGGUGUCCUUCCAGACAACAAAGUGAUAGCAGGCGAGUUGGGAGCCUUGCCUGAACUAAAGAAAUACAUGAAGAGAGUCAUGCCUUUUGUAGCCAUGAUCAAGGAGAACCUGGAGAAGAACGGUCCCAGGGUCUUGGAUCUGGAGCUGGAGUUUGAUGAGCGGGCAGUUCUCAUGGAGAACCUGGUCUACUUGACUAAUUCUCUGGAGUUGGAGCAGAUUGAUGUCUUGUUUGCAUCUGAGGCUGAUGACAAAGUGAAGGAGGACUGUUGCCCAGGGAAACCGUUCAGUGUUUUCAGAUCAGAGCCCGGAGUGUGUGUGUCCCUGGUCAACCCUCAACCGUUCAACGGCCUGUUUUCAACAAAGGUUGACAUCCGACAGGGGGACAGCAAAGACAGCGUAAUCCGUAGACUGUCCAAGGUCAACAGACUCAUCAAAGAUCUGUCCAAAGUGAAGCUGAUGAGGUACGAGGACCCCGUACUAGGACCCCGCCGGGUGCCCGUCCUGGGACAGGAGGAACAAGGCAAACUGCCCAUCUCCAACAAAUCUGUGUUCAACGUCAAUCUGGAGGAGAAGAGAGUCACCCUGGCUGACAAUGGCCUGACUGUAGACAUCGGGGACACUCUGGUUUAUCUGAUCCAGUAGAUUAGCACUCACACAAACAGACACAUGAGGGCACAUUCAGCAGUGAGUCCUUAAAAACAUUCAAAUGCAUCAUGAAAUGUUACAAUAAGAUAGAUUAUUUUCAUUCAAUGACUCUGACUAGUAGGUGUAUUUAUGUUUUUAUAAUUAAUGUUUCUGUAAUUACAUCUACAGCCCAUUGUGGUGGUGAUUUAAGAUAUCAUCUCACCGUUUUAGGUUUCUUUUGUUCGCUGCUGAAUGUGACCUCGGGUAAUACUGAAAGUAGCUGGACCUGAAAAGUUUGCUUCUAUCUCCUGGUUUUAAAACAACCAAUACACUUGUCGUACAUUCAGCUCUGGGUUUUGGUUUCUGUUAUCCCACUGAAAGUGUUCUGUGCUUAAGGGGUGCAAAGACAGUUUGACAAUAAUCCCAGACUAUCACAAAAGUUUUGACUUUUUUUUUUUAUUUUUAUUUUUUUAGCAUGAUUGUUUGCAAGCAUAACACCAGAAUUUGUAUUCUGUUCUGCAGGACUCAGGACACGAACCCCGGUCGCCAGUGUCUUUUCGUUGUCUGUAAAGUUCAAUCUUUUUUCUCGAUUGUCCACUCUUCUUCCUUACUGGUGUCACAAGCAAUUAUCUCAAGCUUUAAAACAAUUUUUUUCUAGGACACAUUGAACAAACAUCUCCUACCGCAUCCUGUUCUGUCACUAUUUUACAUUAGCACAUUGUUGAACUGCUCAUGCACCCUCCUGGAUGUCACGUUUUCAUAUAGAUGGUAAUGCGUCCGUUGUGUUGUUUUAUACAUUGAAGGUGAGGCAUAUUGUUCCUUCGUGUCUUGUCAGCCUGUCAGACAGCUUUCCUAUUUUCUAGCCAGGGACGGUGCUCGUCUGGCUUUUCCAGAGAAAUAAUAAAAACGGAUGAAAAUACUCAGCUCCAA